AUGAAGGGAGUCGAUCCCAAGGUCGCGGAGCAUCAUCUCAAUAUCCCACAUGACGCCCGUCCGGUAAAGCAAAAGCCCCGGCGCCACGCACCUGACCGGCAACGUGUCAUACAAGAAGAGGUGGACCGACUCUUGGCGGCAAGCUUCAUAGAAGAGGCCAAGUAUCCUCAGUGGUUGUCCAAUGUAGUUCUCGUGAAAAAACACAAUGGAAGCUGGAGGAUAUGCGUUGACUACACCAGUCUCAAUGAUGCGUGUCCUAAAGACUGCUACCCCCUCCCGAAGAUCGACCAGCUGGUCGACGCGACAGCAGGGCACGCGCGCCUCUCUUUCAUGGACGCCUAUUCAGGAUACAACCAGAUCAGGAUGGCACCCGAAGACAGGGAACACACAGCUUUCCUCACCGAUCAAGGGAUAUACUUCUACAAGGUCAUGUCGUUCGGGUUGAAAAACGCCGGAGCCACAUACCAGAGGACGGUAAACAAAAUGUUUGCCCCCCAAAUCGGGAGGAACAUGGAAGUCUAUGUGGACGACAUGAUUGUGAAAAGCAGAGAAGCCGGAACACACCUUGCCGACCUAGCCGAGACCUUCGCCACGCUACGCAAAUUUGGCAUGCGGCUCAACCCCACAAAGUGCGCUUUCGGCGUCACCUUCGGGAAGUUCCUAGGGUUCAUUGUACACCAGAGAGGAAUCGAUGCCAACCCAGAGAAAGUACAGGCAAUAAUCGAUAUGCAGUCCCCCCGGACAGUUAAAGACCUGCAGCGACUCAACGGUAGACUUGUCGCCCUGUCUCGCUUCCUCGCCCGAUCGGGCGAUCGUUGCCUCCCUUUCUUCAAGGCGCUCAAAGACCCGAAGAACUUCCAAUGGACAUCGGAAUGCGAGGAGGUUUUCAAACAGAUGAAGCGGCACUUGACCAGCCUCCCUCGACUCGCUUCCGUCAUUCCCGGCGAGAAGCUGGGACUCUAUCUGGCGGCCUCCCCGCACGCAGUUAGCUCUGUCCUCGUCAAGGAAAGCUCCGGCACACAACUCCCGAUCUACUACGUCAGCCACGUCCUGAAAGGACCUGAGGAGCGUUACACGCCGAUAGAAAAUCUCGCACUCGCCCUGGUGCUCUCGGCUCGGAAGUUGCGCCCCUACUUCCAGGCGGACUCGGUGGAAGUCGUCACCGACCAGCCUCUUCGGCAGAUCUUAACAAAGUUUGAUGUUGCAGGUCGGCUCCUCAGAUGGGCGGUGGAGCUCGGAGAACAUGAUAUCAGCUACGUGCCCAGAACCGCCAUCAAGGCUCAGGCGGUAGCCGACUUCAUCGUGGAAUUGACUCGGGUGGACAAAGACCUCGAGCGAACUCCUGAGGCUUGGACCCUACACGUGGACGGCUCGGCCAGCUCAAAGGGUGCCGGAGCUGGGCUGGUCCUUCUCGCUCCCGACGGACGCUCAUUCGAACGUUCCCUCCGCUUCGGGUUUAAAGCCACCAACAACGAGGCGGAGUACGAAGCGCUCCUAGCCGGAUUAAGGCUGGCCCUCGAGAUGCAGGUGGCCGCAAUACACGUCCUCACUGACUCGCAACUCGUGGCCGAACAACUCAGCGGUGGAUACGAAGCUCGUGACGCGACCAUGGCCAAAUAUCUGGCGCGGGUAAGGGAUCUAACCACGAAAUUCCCUUACUUCACAUUAUCUAAUGUUCCGAGGGAGGAAAACGGACGAGUCGACGCGCUCGCUAAGCUGGCGUCAAGGCGAACCCCCGAAGCAUGGCCGGAGAUAGAGGAGCUUCCCGCUCGCGCCAUUGAGGUAGCAACCACGGCCCCAGGCGGCGCGCCGACCACGUGGGUGCAAGAGCUGCUGAGCUUCAAGCGAGAUGGAACCCUCCCUCUCGACGAAGUCGCGGCUCGGCGUCUGCGCCGCACACACGCGUGGUACACCGAGGAAAGUGGCCGGCUUUACAGACGAUCCUUCACCUACCCCCUACUGAGGUGUUUGGAGCCUGACGAAGCCCAGACCGUCCUGGCUGAAACUCACGAGGGGAUCUGCGGCGAACACAUUGGCGGGCGGACCCUGGCGCACAAGAUACUACGCCAAGGCUACUACUGGCCAACCAUGUGUCGAGACGCAAAAGCUUACGUGCAGCGGUGCAGCUCGUGCCAGCAACACACCCGCGCGCCCCGACAGCCUGCGGUCUCCCUCAGUCCCAUCGACUGCGCAUGGUCGUUCGCCCACUGGGGACUGGACCUCCUCGGCCCCUUUCCACCGGCCUCUGGGCAGUGGAAGUAUAUAAUCGUGGGAGUAGACUACUUCACAAAGUGGGUCGAGGCUGAGCCACUGGCCACGACGACGGAACACCAGAUGGAGAAAUUCGUUUGGAAAAACCUUGUGACCCGGUUCGGGUUGCCCAGAGCCAUUGUCACCGACAACGGACCUCAGUUCGCCGGCACGAGGUUCCGGGAAUUCUGCGCCGGUCAUGGCAUUCAACUGAGGUUCAGUUCGGUGGCCCACCCUCAGACGAACGGGUUGGCCGAGGUAACCAACCGAUCCAUCCUGGAUGGCCUCAGAAGAAGAGUGUCCGCGGCCCGAUCGACCUGGACGGACGAGCUCCCCAGCGUGCUGUGGUCACUGCGCACCACCCCCAAGGCUGCGACCGGAGAAUCCCCCUAUAGCCUGACUUUCGGAACCGAGGUCGUCCUACCGCCCGAGAUGACUGUCGCUACGCUUCGGACGAGGAGCUAUGACCAGGAGGCCUCGAACCAGGGACUUCGCGCCAACCUCGACGUGCUCGAGGAGCGACGCGCCGAUGCACACCUGAAGGCCCUCUCUCACCAGAGAGCCGUCGCAAGGGUCUACAACAGAAAGGUGCGACCUAGGCCAAUCAGGUUAGGCGAUCUGGUCCUACAAAGGGCCGAAGUCAGCGACCCAACCCGAACGAGGGGGAAGCUGGCCCCCAAGUGGGAGGGACCUUACCGGGUUACCAGCGUGGUUCGACCAGGUACUUAUCGACUCACAACAAUGGACGGUUCCUCCCUGCCGAGGACAUGGAACGUCCAGAACCUUAGAAAGUUCUUCGUCUGA